AUGAAGGGGAUCACACAUAGUAUGUUACUGUUGUGCCUACUGUUGGGCUUAACCAGUGCAAAUACCAGUCCUACAAUCCAGCAAUCGGUUUACCAAGUCUGUGAAGACAUCCCUAAGGAUACCUAUGCGUUUACUAUAAACGCAACAGAUAAAGAAAAUGACCCACUGACUUAUUCAAUCACUGAUGUCAAUUCUCCAUUCCAAGUUGAGACAAACACUGGAAACAUAUCUGUCAUUAGACCAUUAGAUAGAGAGACAACAAAUAUCAUAAUUCUUCAUGUUACUGUCUCUGAUGGUCUCAAUACUAUCCCAGGAAGACUAACUAUCAUAAUAUUAGAUGCCAACGACAACCAACCCAUUUUCCAGAAUGCUCCAUAUGAUGUUCAGGUCUUGGAAAAUACAACCGUAGGCACGUCUCUGUUCAAAGCACAGGCCUCUGAUGAUGACAGUGGAACUGCUGGUGCUGUUCAAUACAGCAUUCAGGAAGUUACUCCAAGCAAUGGAUUUGAUCGUUUUAGCAUUGUGUCCAAUACUGGUGAAGUCAAGUUAAAUGGAACACUGAAUUUUACACAGAGCACUUUCUAUCGACUGAAGAUCAUCGCAUCUGAUGGUGGAGGCCAUUGUCAUUUUGAUGAACCCAAAUUCUACUCCAGCACUGCUUUUUCUUUUGUCACGGUUGUGGAUGUCCCCGACCUCGACCCAAUCUUUGUUGGUCUUCCCUACGUAGGAAGAGUUCAGGAGAUGUCUCCACUGGGCACGUCUGUGUUUACAGUGACAGCCAUAGACCAGGACACAGAUAUCAAUGAUGAAAUUAUCUUCAGCAUUAAAAAUUCUUCAGCAGAGGGCCUGUUUGAAAUCUCACCAGCUGAAGGCAUCAUAACUGUAUCGUCAAAUAUUGACAGAGAAGCUAUUGGUAACGUUGUUGACCUGACUGUAAAGGCUACUGAGUCCAAACUAAAUAUCCAUGGGAUCUAUGCCAGUGCCGAAGCAAAUGUGCAGAUCGAGAUCGUCGACAUCAAUGACAACCCACCAGAGUUUUACAAGUGUGGAGAUGAGGAAGACGAGCUCUCCUGUGUGAGGGAGAGCCACUUCACAGCAGAGGUUCUUGAACACUCGUUGGGCUCUGUUUUCAUCAACAUGACAGUCAGAGAUCUGGAUAGGUUUUCCAAAACUAAACUAACCCUGGAAGGGGCUGACAAGGACGUGUUUUCUGUGGAACCUCCAUUUACCACGUCAGACAGCAUCGUUCAGCUUAUGGUCAAGCAGCCCCAGGAACUGGAUUUUGAAAUAACAAACCAAAUGGUUCUACAAGUCAUUGCUGUGGAUGAAGAAGAUACCACGCUCCGCUCCACUGCUACGGUUACAAUCAACAUCAAGGACGACAAUGACAACAGCCCUGUGUUUGCACAGGACACGUAUAAGUUGACGGUGCCUGAGCACUCUCCUGUUGGGACAAUAUUGGAUAAUAUUACUGCAGAGGAUCCUGACACGAUGGAUGAAGGCAACAUCACCUACAAGCUUCUUCCAGACAGCAUACGUCUGUAUUUUGACGUGGAGAAGUAUACGGGUUCAGUUUACGUGAAAAAUGAAACUCUGUUGGAUCGUGAGGUCAGAGCUCUGUAUUCAGCAACUCUGGAAGCCAGAGACACAGACAACAAGCCUGGCAACACAGUACUGGAGAUCACCCUGACUGACAUCAACGACCAGCCUCCAGUCAUUAACCGAGAAUCUUACCAAGAGUUUGUGAAAGAGGGUGAAGAACUUAAACUUAAGAUACAGGCUACUGAUACAGAUGACCCUGAUACAGAAAACAGCCAAAUAGUGUUUGCAAUCUUACCAAGCCAGUUCAGUGAUAACUUCACCAUCGACCCUAACACCGGUGUGUUAACGAACAGAGGAGAGCUUGAUCGUGAGGCUCUGGACCCAAAGCUGGAUGGGAAGAUUGUGCUCAAUGUAACCGCUACUGACAAGGGUCAUCCCCCCUUGUCCACCAUGGUCACAGUUACCAUUAAUGUCGAUGAUAUCAACGACAACAAACCACAUUUUGAAGCCUCCUCUUACAAAUUCUCAGUCAAAGAAGGAGAAAAAGGUGCCUUCGUGGGUUCCGUUGUGGCUGAAGAUUUUGACCAAACGACAGAAUUUAACCGCCUUACUUUCAGCGUUGAAGGAGGCUUUGGCAGCUUCGGGAUUCGCACCUUUGCAGCAGACAGGGGUUACAGUGGAAACAUCAGCGUGGACCGUGACAUUGAGCUGGACUAUGAACGUGCACCCAAGCAAUUCAAACUGCAGGUAGAGGUAGCAGAUACGGACGAUUUUACAGCUCAAGUGACGGUGGAUGUGGAGGUGUUGGACGUAAAUGAUGAGAGGCCAGAGUUCAAACCAAUUGCCCCUGUGAAAGUAAAAGAGAACACCACCAUCAGCUGGCCUGUUGGGAACUUUACAGCACACGACCUAGAUGGAAACCACUCACUGGUCUACGAGCUAGAAUCCAUGAAGUGCAGAUGCAACAGCUCGCUGACACCCUGCAGCUGGUUUACCCUGGAGCCGACUGGGGAAGUCAGACUCAACCCGGAGGAGACAGUGGAUUACGAAAAAUGUGACCAGGUGGUGAUUGAAGCUCAGGUGGUGGAUGAAUACACAGAGAAGGGAGAGAACAACAGUGUCACACCAGGACAAAUGGUGAUCAACAUUGAGGACAUAAAUGACAACGCUCCACAAUUCAUUAUCUCAGAUGUUGUUUCUGUUGUGGUGUCAGAAAGUGCAAGUAAGGGGACAUCAGUCGCAAGAGUCACCGCCACAGACCGUGACUCUGAACCAAAUAGGCAGAUUGAAUUUAAAGUAACAAAGGUUGAAUUUCAAUAUACCAACAAUGAAAUAAAAACCAUGAAUAUGCUGUUUGAGGCUCCCGUCAGCACGCAGCAAGGCGACACUUAUGUUGGAAUUAUUCAAACUACCGGGGGGCUUGAUAUGUCAGAGAAAGGGAAGUAUUUGGUGACGGUAAAUGCAAUCGACUCCGGCGGCCUCUACACCAGCACUGUGAUGGAGAUUUUCAAAAUUGAUGUAUCGUAUAAAGUGGAGCUUGCAUUUCGAGAUUCUCGAGAUGAGGUUGAAAAAAAAAUCAAUGAAAUCCAAGGUGCGCUCCAAUUUGCCACCAAGGCUAAUGUUAAUAUUGGUGAAAUCAUGUCUAAAGAACCUGAAACAACCAGGGCUGUAGUGAAGACUAUUGUCGAGGCAUAUUUUGUCUACAACAACGGGACUGCUAUGACCCCUGUUGAAGUGGAAUUAGUUAUCUCUGAUCCUGAAAACAGAGGUCCGCUAAUAGCACUAGGCCUCGCAGACAUUGGGGCGGUUGAAGUGAUAGAACCGAAAAAUGACCCUUGGACGUUCGCGCUGCUGGGGAUGCUGGCAGGCCUCCUCAUCGUGCUGGCUGUCCUCACCACUUCACUGAUGUGCACUCGCAGAAACUACAGGAGGAAGCUGAAGGCGGCCAAAGCCAUGAACUCUGCGUCCAUGGUGACUUCUGACAACCAGAAAAGUGGUCCUGUGGUGCCUGGAACCAACAAGUACACCAUGGAGGGAGCUAACCCUGUUCUCAACCUCAACAUCGACACGACCAUGGUCCUGGACAUGGACGAUGAGAGCUCCGACGUGGACAAAGUCAGCCUUAACUCCCUGGACUACAGUGAGGAUAUGAGCGUUUCGGUGAAGGAAAACCCUAUGCACAUGAUCCAGGAGGAGGAGGAGGAUGAUGACAGCGGCCCACCAAAGUACAUUGAGCCCCUGGGUGCAGCGCUGGCCCAGCGGGGCCAGAAGAAGAACUCUGGCAACCCUCGCGCUGGUUACGACAACCCUGCGUUCAGCACUACAGACCUGUGAGGGAGAGAGCCGAGGCCUCACAUGGACAUUAUGUUGCUUCUCUGUUAAUCAGGCUCACCAAAUUUUCUCACUUUGAUGGUGUUGGAUGCAGUCCUCGCGUCUUCACGUAUUCUCAUGUUGUGACCAAUAGUAAUGUAUUAUUGAUGCUGUGGACCAGAUUCACGGCACCUAAAAAUUUGCUUCGUCUAAAUAUUCAGUUCAAGGGAAAACAAAACCAAAAGAUGAGAUGUGAAAACAAUAUCAGCCGUGUUGUGUAUUGAGCUUGCGGAAUUUGGUUAUUGAAUGUCAAACAGUGAAAGGAACAGUGUGACAUUUUGGGAAAUGUGCUUAUUGGAUUUCUUGCACAGUCAGAGACAGAGAGAAGUAAUAUGAUCACUGCUUCAAAUGUAAAAGUUGUACACAUACUGACCCCUUAUUUGCUGAAUUGUUGAGAGAAAUGUAUUCCUUCAUGGUGGACAGGGAAUCCAAAAACAGAUCAAAUUAUUGAUGAAUCGAAGAAAAUGGGGCCAUCCUUGAAAAACACAUUGAUUUCUGUGCACUGCUACUUUUAACUCUCCUGUUAUGUUCGUUUUUUUCAGGAACAGCAAUGACCCGAGGCAUGUUGAAUUAUCCAAAAGUGUCAUAAACUUAAAAAAUCCCAAUAGACAUUGUUUAUAUUUCAUUAAUAACUCCAUUACUAACCAUUUCAAUCAAUAUUUAGUGCAGUGGUUUUCUUUACUUCUCACAGAUCAUGGUUCAAUGAGGAUAAUUCACUCUUUUUUCAUAAAAAAUGCAUGUUAAAACUUUUUUUAAUGUACAUUAGAAAGACCUACAUAUAAAAUACAAUGGUUUUACAUGAAAUUGAUUU